AUGUUGGAAGCAAUUUCCUUAGUUCCCAAGGAUGCCACACCCCUUCUGGGAUUGAUCCAGGAUCAUGUUGUGUCUGGUGUACUACUGACGAUUAGAGGACGGUUCUUGACCAAGGAAGACUUCAUGCAGCUCGUAUUGUCGGCAUUUGCGGAGCACACGAAACGUAUUGAGAUCCCUCCCCCAGCGAUGAUAAAGCCGCGCCAAAUGUGGAGUGGAAAACAGGUUAUUUCGUGCAUUGUCAAGAAUUGCAUCCCGAAGGGCAAACCGCUCAUCAACCUCACCUCGAAAUCAAAGACACCUUUGUCGUGCUGGAAAGUGCGUGGUUUUGACACUCCACAACAUAAUAUGAGCGAAUCAGAAGUGGUUUUCCGGCAAGGUGAACUGUUGGUGGGCGUUUUGGAUAAACAACAUUAUGGCGCUACGCAGUACGGAUUGGUUCACAGCUGCUUCGAGCUGUACGGGCAUAGAGUAGGAGUACAGAUUCUGUCCUGUUUUUCUCGUCUCUUCACGACCUAUUUGCAGAUACACGGGUUCACACUUGGUGUUGCGGAUAUCCUCGUUAGAAAGGAUGCAGAUAAACUUAGGAAACAAGCCAUCAGGGAGUCAAGAACUAUUGGAGAUCAAGUUGUACGUAACGCUUUCGGUCUCGACGAGAAUGUUUCACAUGAAGAGAUUGAUCGUAUUUUGGCAUCGACAUACUGUAAUCCAAGAGGGCAAGGACAAGAUGUGAAAAUGCUUGAUUACGCUAUGAAACAAGCUAUUGCGAAAUAUAACGACGCUAUAACAAAAGCAUGUGUACCGGAUGGUUUGAUUCGGCAGUUCCCCGAGAACGCGCUGCAAGUUAUGAUUCAGUCUGGCGCUAAGGGAUCAGCCGUCAAUGCUAUACAGGUAUUUCACUGUCUUCAAUUUCAUGCUGUCUUGGUCAAAUCGAGCUGGAGGGUAAGCGUAUGGCCGUUACUGUUGCUGGAAGAACUUUGCCCUCAUUCAGAGCAUUCGAUCCAUCACCUCGUGCUGGCGGAUACAUCGAUCAACGGUUUCCUAACGGGGAUAAAUCCUCAGGAGCUAUUCUUCCACACCAUGGCCGGAAGAGAGGGUCUGAUUGAUACUGCUGUUAAAACUUCUCGCUCGGGAUAUUUACAAAGAUGUUUGAUAAAGCACUUGGAGGGCUUGAGGAUCCAUUAUGACGGGACCGUCAGAGAUCACGAUGGCUCGGUCGUGCAGUUCCGAUAUGGAGAAGAUGGUCUCGACGUUAUGAAGUCAACUUACAUAAACCCUAAGACGUUCCCGUUCUUAAAAGACAAUCUGGAUGCUGUUAUACAAUGUUCGAAACCAGAAGAAGCUCGAGACUAUGAUUACAAUGUCGAAGCUGCUGAAAAACAAUACCGUAAGAUUGAAAAAUGGCGAAAGAAGUCCGACAAAAGCGGUAAUCGAGCCAAAAAGGUGUACAUAUCUGGCUUCACGGAGUUUUCCGCAGACCAAGUUGGUGUUGAUAAGGAACGAAUUGUUGGCAUGUGGGCAGAAAUGGAUCAAGCUGAAAGAGAGGUGUACGAGAAAAGAGCUCCAAGAAAAUGCCCUCAUGCAGUUGAUGAGGAGUUCAAUGUAAACAGUACCCUCGGUGCACUACCAGAGAAAACGCUAGAUUCUAUUCACAAAUUUUCCGGCAAAAAUGAUAAACUUCGGCGAUCACUUUUCUGGAAAGGUAUGCGUUCUCUGGCUGAACCUGGUGAAAAUGUUGGAUUGUUGGCUGCGCAGUCGAUUGGAGAACCGUCAACACAAAUGACUUUGAAUACAUUCCAUUUCGCCGGUAGAGGAGAAAUGAACGUAACCUUGGGUAUUCCACGUCUGCGCGAGAUUCUUAUGACUGCAUCUGAUCACAUAGCUACUCCAUGUGCAAAGGUCAGUAGUUUCUUUCACAGUUUUGUGUAG